AUGCGGCAUAAGCAGGAGGUGAGUAACACCAGCACCAGGAAAGCAGAGCCCUGCUCUGCUACUUGCAGAACUGGAAUUCUGGGGGCUGGGACCUGCCUGAGGUCUGGAAUGCAAGUCAGCAGCUACUUUACACCUUCUUCAAAUGGUGAAAGGAGCUAUAGAAACUGGCUGUUAUGGUCUAAGUAUAUUGUAAGUUCGAAACCCAAGUGUUGGGACUUCCCAGUGGUUAAGAUUCUGCCUUCCAAUGCAGGGGGUGUGGGUUUGAUCCCUGGCCAAGGAGCCAAGAUCCCGCAUGCUUCACAGCCAAAAAACCAAAACGUAAGGGGAAAAAAAAAAAAACAGGAGCAACGUGCCUAG